AUGUCCAUAGACACAAAAGAAUUAACCUAUAUCAAUUUUGAUUGUAAUUGGCAAUGUUGUUAUCAACAAACGACUGAUCAUGUCGAUAAUUUUAUUAAUAUUUUGUUUUCAAAUAAUUCCGAUGUUAAUCAUCUAUGGUCAUCAGUACGAUUACCACAUAUUAUUGAAUCUUGUACAACACAUGAUAAUUGUGAUAUUCAUGGUUCACAUGAUUGGUGGUAUCGAAAAGAAUUCGAUUGGAUAUUAUCCGAUCAACAACAAAAACAUCAAGUUUAUCUUUUAUUUGAAUCGAAUUUAACUAAAUUAAAUAUUAAUGCGACAAUAUGGUUUAAUGGAGAAAAAAUUAUUUCAAAUUCAUCAUUAUUACAACAAAAUUCAAUUGAUUUAACAGAUAAAUUAUUACGUUAUACAGAGACAACAGAGAAAAAUAAACAUAACAAUGUUUUAAUUGUCCAUUGUAUAGAUUCAAGUCUUUCUCUUCAUGCUCGUCUUAUUAUACAUGGUACAGUAAUAUGGGCUACAGGACAAGUCAAAACAAAUGAUGAUUCAAGUUUAAAAAUCGAAAAAGAUACUCUUGAUUAUGCAGUACGUGCUAAUGAUGCAGAUCAACGUAUCGGUGUUGUAUUUAAUCAAUCAGAAACUGAUUUAGAAUCUUCAUCAUUAACAGAACUUCCUGUCGAACCAAUCAGUGAUGAAACAGAAAUCGAAGAGAAUUCAAAAGAUAUAUCAAUACCUCGUCUUAAUAUUGUUAUACUUAUUGUUGGAACGCGUGGUGAUGUUCAACCUUUUAUUGCUCUUGGUAAAGCACUUCUUGAAUAUGGUCAUCGUGUUCGAUUAGCUACACAUGAAACAUUUCGAUCAUUUGUUCGUGAUAAUGGUUUAGAAUUUUAUCCAUUAGCUGGUGAUCCGGCUGAUUUAAUGUCAUUUAUGGUAAAGAAUGCAGGUAUUAUUCCAUCGAUGAGUAGUAUUGUUGCAGGUGAUAUAGCGAAAAAACGACGUAUUCUUGCUGAAAUUCUUGCAUCAACAUGGCUUGCAUGUACAGCUAAUGAUGAUGAAACAUCAAUUCCAUUUACAGCUGAAGCUAUUAUUGCUAAUCCACCAUCAUUUGGUCAUAUACAUUGUGCGGAAAAAUUACAAAUACCUUUACAUAUUAUGUUUACUAUGCCUUGGACACCUACAAGUGCUUUCCCACAUCCAUUAUGUAAUAUUGAUAGUUCAAGAGGACCGACAGGAAAAAUUAAUUUCUAUUCAUAUUCUGUUGUUGAAAUGCUUACAUGGUCAGGUAUGCGUGGUAUUGUUAAUAGUUUUCGUAAGAAAAUUUUAGGUCUAUCUCCAUUACAUGCACAACAAGCUACAAAUGCACUUAUUGAUGAACGUGUUCCACAUACAUAUUGUUGGUCACCAUCGCUUGUUGCAAGACCAUCCGAUUGGGAAUCACAUAUUGAUGUUUCAGGUUUUUUCUUUCUUGAUCUUGGUAAUACGUUUACCAAUCCACCACAAGAUUUACUUGAUUUUCUUGGUAUUAAUAAUGAUGAUUCUAAUGAUCCGAAAUUACCAUUACCGAUUUAUAUUGGAUUUGGUUCGAUUACAGGACAUGAUUCUUGUCGUCUUCUUGAAGUUAUUAAAGAUGCUCUUAAUAGAACUGGAAAUCGAGCUGUAUUAUCUGGUUUUGAAACAGAAACGGAUAGUUUACCUGAUAAUAUUUUUAAAAUUGGCAAUGUACCACAUGAUUGGCUUUUUCAGCAUGUAUCGGCUGUAUGUCAUCAUGGUGGAGCAGGUACAACAGCAGCUGGUUUACGUGCUGGUAAACCAACAAUAAUCGUACCUUUUUUUUGUGGUGCUGGUCCUCGUCCAUUACCUGGAAAAUCAGUAACAGCUGCUGAAUUAGCUGAAGCUUUUCAGUUUGUUCAUUUACCAACAACACGAGAAGCUGCCGAACAUAUUCGUCAAACUAUGGAAAAAGAAGAUGGAUGUCAAGCAGCUGUUCGUGCAUUUCAUUCUAAUCUUCCUAUAAAUCGUAUGCGUAGCGAUCUUCAAUCAACAUUUACUGCUUGUUAUUGUAUAGAUAAUUUAAAUCUUCAAAUAUCACGACCUGUUGCACAUGCCCUUGUUGCAGCAGGUGCUAUAGAUGUAUCACAACUUCGUUCUCAUUAUAUUCGAAGAUGGCAAUUUAAACAUGAGCAUAAACGUCAUAGAUCAAGUAAUAAUACUUCUGAAAAUAUCACAAAACCACGUUCACAUACAAUGAUUGAUAAUGAUAUGGGAUCAAGAUUAAGGAGUAGUACUAUCAGUAAUAAUAAUUCUACGACGAAUACACAUGAUGAUGCGAGUAUUAUUAAUAGCUUUCACGAGAAUGGAGACGAUUCAUCGAUGUUAUCUUCGUCAGUAUAUAGUAAUAUGACUAAUGGAUCUGAUGGUUUCUCUUCAUUAAAUGAUACUCACAGUGAACUAAAUGCAAAGCAUGAACCAAGUGAAAAUCAUUCGAAAACAAGAUUUAAAACAUCUGUAUAUUCAGUAUAUCGUAAUCGAAAACUUAGUCUCAUUAAUUAUCUAAAACGAUCAAGAAUUGGUCAUCAACAACCAAGUGAAAAUAGUAUUACAGCUGAUGCAUUGAUUGCUACUACUGAAUAUGCAAUGCAACCUGUAGUUUGUUCACUUUUCGCUCCGAUGCCACAAGCAAAAGUCGAAACAUCUGAAAUAGAUGAAACAAAUUCUAAACCUAAAAUAUCUGAUAUUGUACCAGCAACAUCAUUGAUCAUACCUAAUGGAGAAGAACAUGAAGAUGAUGAUGAUGAUGAUGAAAUUUCAUCUAAUAUUAAAAUUGCAGCAGAAGUCUCUGGUUUUCAUCCAAAAAUAUGUCAACAGAUUAUUCAAGAAUUUGAACAAAUUAAAACAAAACAAACUAAAGUAUUAACGAAUUCAUUCGAUUCAAAACAACAUCAUAAGCAUUUGCUUCAUCUUCAACGACAACGAAGUCAUUCGCUUUCUAAUAUAAAUUAA